AUGGCAUCCACCUCUAUAACAACUGCUGUAUUAACAAUUUUUGGAGGUUGCUGUAGUAAUGUGGCAACAUUAGAGACAUUAACCAAUCAUAAACUAAUAAAUGUGAAUGAAGUCGACCUUAAUAUUGGAAAUUUCGUAACAUUUUGUCAAUUUUCUUUCAUAGCAGUACUUAGAUUACCACAUUUUGUUUCGUUUAAAAAAAAGAAUAACGGAAGUAGGCUAUUUGUACCAAAAUUUAAACCAUUACACGUACCUUUAAGAAUUUACUUUGUAUCUGUAUUACUAUUUUUUUUCAGUUCUGUAGGCAACAACAUGGUAUUCAAUUAUGGCAUUACAGUACCGAUUCAUAUAACUUUUCGUUGUUUCAGUACAGUUUUAACUAUGCUAACAUGUUAUCUGCUCAAUGGAAGGAGAUAUUCUAAGAUACAAGUUGGGUCAACAAUUUUUUUAACUUUUGGGGCCUUUCUUGCAUCUUUAUAUAGAAACCAUGACUUUAAAUUGGAAGAUCUAUACCAAUUGAAUCCAACAAAUAUGAUAGUCGUAAAAGAUACACUAUUUCUUAAGGGAAUGAUGAUUCUAUUCAUAUCUUCAAUGAUGUCUUCUUUACUCUCUGCAUAUGACGAAAGAAUAUAUAUGAAAUAUGGUAAACACUGGGAAGAAAACAUGUUUUACUGUCAUUUGUUAUCACUUCCACUAUUUAUUAUAUCGAAUUACAGCAAAUUGCUAAAUACUGCAAAGGCUUUGAUCAUAUCUUCAGCACCAAGAUAUAAUUUAUUUACAAUUCCUAUAUGGAAUAAACACUUUUAUAUUCCAUAUAAUGUGCUUGUUCUAAUUACUAAUUUAGUUACACAGAGUAUAUGUAUUACUGGAGUUAACAUCCUUGCUAGCCAUACAAGUGCUUUAACGUUGUCAGUUAUGUUGUUGGUGCGAAAAUUUGUGAGUUUGUUAUUAAGUGUGAUAUUCUUUAAUAAUAGAUUAUCCAAGACCUCAUAUACUGGAAUUAUUAUUGUAUUCUUUGGGGCAUUUCUUUAUUCUCUUGGUGAUAGAAAAGUAAAGAAUAAGCAAGAAAACUUUAGUAAAAAAGAUGCAAACAAAGCAAAAUAA